AAUGGUUGUACGCAACACAUGGGCGGUGAGACUGUUCACUGCGACUGGCAGGCAAGGAACAGGCUGAUCUGCAUCCCGGAAGAAUGUCUAGCUCAGGUGUAAAGUGCGCCACGAAACCAUGCGUCACGUCGUGCCCUGAUGCGGAAGUAGUGAUAUUUCCUCCCCCACUGAAGCUCACCCUACCAGGACUGAUCCUUGCCACCUCUCCCGGUAAAACCCUAGUGGAAACGGAGACUGCGUGCCUCACCAACGGGUCUGACGGCAAUUGCGCAGCGCUUGUAACCAAGUCCUCUGGUCCGCGUGCUAUUUGUGGCUCCACCCCAUGUUGCAUAUCAACUACUCCUGACUCUCAAAUGGUGAUAAAGCCACCUCCUGUGUGCAUUACAAUCCCUGGAGCUGUCCUCACCAGUUUCCCAAAUGAGUGUCUCAUCGCAACCUCACAACCCUGUAUCCCUGCUGGCUCCAAGCCACUGGCCAUCACACGGUCGACAUCAGUUACCAAUGGGUCCGUCACCUCAGCUCCUCUGACUCGCUCUUCCUCGGUCCCAUGCGGGCUUGACAGCGAAUCGAAGUGUGUGACACAAGGGGCCAGUUCCAAGGUAGUGAUAUACCCUCCGCCCAUUGAACUCAUCAUUCCAGGACCUGUCCUUGAAAUUGCAGCUGAGGAGUGCACAGUGGAAGUCCACAAUCCGUGUGAAAACUUGUCCGCCAUCACCAGUGGUGAGCAGCGCGAAACCAAGGCCCUGACAGCCCAUGCAAACUCCUCCACCGAAGUGUGCGGUUCCAUGGGUGCAUCUCCAUGUGUGUCCCAGGGUCCAGAGAUGAAGAUAACAAUACAGCCCCCUCCAAUCGCCGUGGACCUUCCCGGCCCGAUUCUUCAAGUCUUCCCUGAAGAAUGCAAAGUAGAAACGCUGAGUCCCUGCUCUCCUGAGAACCCAGCGCUAUGUGAAUCUUCUUCACCAGCCCUGACCAAUGGUGACAGUUCAGGGCGCACUGUAAAGCGUCCUCUGCCUGACAUCAGAAGACCCCCACGCCCUUGGGCAGAGAUGUACAGUCGGUCGGUGACUCCCCGAAGCCUUACGACAGCCCCGCCGCCGAUUCCAAAGCACCGAAAGUCUUUCAGCUCUGCAAGUUGCUACUGAGCUCUGAGAGAAUGUAAACAACAAGGAACAUUUGGAAUGAAAAUAUGUAGUUUAGAGUGUGGGCAGGAGUCCCCCACCGUAACUUGUAUAGAAUGAAAUUUCCUAAUAUAUAAAACUGGGUUCCAUUGAAAUCCAUGGAAUUAAAAUGCAUACUGAGGACCCACUGAUUUCUAUGAGACUUUAGGUGCACUUAACUGUGUCUAGAUUAUUUUUUCCCCCUCCUCUUAAUGAUACAAUUGGAUAGUUCGAAGAAUAAAAGGUGCCUUGAUCUUUUUUCUUGUACCUGUGUCUUCGCAUUCGAGAGCACAAGUAUAUGUUGCAAAUGUCAGGUGUUAUUUCACUAUCGUGGCUUCCCCCCCCCCCCCAAGCUAUACUUGGAACAGGACGUAGAAAUUGACCUUUUAGGUCAGAAUGAAAUAGAAAGCAUCUAGAAGGUCCCAGGUUUAAACCUUGUCAUUUCCAAUCAAAUUAUCUGAGAAGGUAGUAGGCCUGACCAUUCUCUGACAGAGAUCUAUUGCCAAUCAGUAGUACUGAGCGAGAUGAACCAUCAGUAUGGCUCCAUAUUCGGGGUUUUCAAAAUGUUCCGUGAAUUCUGUUUCAAUGCCAUUUCAUUCAGUCGUAAUGUAAUGUGAAAUGAAAGGGCGCCACCAUGAUUUCUUAUCCCAUUCGAAAUGGAUACUUGAAGUGAUCACUUUAAACACCUUUGCUAGGAAGGAAGCCCUGUGACACAGAAUUGCACCUACUUUUAAGUAAUCUUGGUUAGGAUUACUUUACGGUACUCCAUGAGGAAUGGGUGUUUUCUGGGGGGGUAGGAUGGGGAGCAGAGAAGAAGGUAAGGAUUUUUUUUUCUAAAUUAUAAGUGGUGGGCUUUUUAUUUAUGGAUAUAUGUAUUUUGUAAACGACGUGCAUCAUAAUUUAAAUAAUACCCAGACUUUGUUCGUGU